AGUAGUCCCCAUCUGCAAGAAUCAUAUUCCCUUCUUUCAAUCAAAUUGUUGCCAACCCAUACCCUCUUAACUUUUUUUUUCUUGGGCGGCUACUUUUCACUCCACUUUUCUGUGUUUCUCUUCACUAUUUCUCUAAUUAUUCUCUCUCUUUCCCUCAAAAUUUCAAAUUUUGUAGUGUCAUUACCUCUUCUCGCUGCAAAACUACGCAACUAUGGCCUUCAGAGGGAGGAAUGCUCAAUCCGGUAUAGGAGUUGCUGAGCAAUGCAAAACCAUAUUUACGGAAUUGCAGAGGAAGAAGGUGCACCGUUAUGUGGUGUUCAAGAUUGAUGAGAAGAAGAAGGAAGUAUCUGUGGAGAAGACUGGAGGACCAGCAGAAAGUUAUGAUGAUUUUCUUGCAUCAUUACCCGAGAGCGAUUGUCGCUAUGCAGUUUAUGAUUAUGACUUUGUGAAUGCUGAAAACUGCCAAAAGAGCAAAAUCUUUUUCAUCGCAUGGUCUCCAUCAGUGUCCCGCAUCCGCUCUAAGAUGCUCUACGCAACAUCAAAGGACAGCUUCAGGAGGGAGCUGGAAGGAAUCCAUUAUGAGAUUCAGGCCACUGAUCCAACUGAAGUGGAUCUUGAGGCUCUUCAAGAACGAGCUAAGUGAUCAAUCUCACUGAUAAAGGGCCUUUUUUUUUCGGUUUCUAAAGUAACGCAAAGUAAUUGCGUAUUUGCGUGUAUUGUGAAACAACGAUGCAUAUAGCUUCCUAGUUUGGUCAAUAAACUACUUGGAAAUCUGGGGAGGCUGAUGGAGUAGCUCUUUAACUCAAGGGGAUUUCGGUCACUUGUUACUACUUACUACUUACUACUAUGCUUCCCUGAUAAAUGAAUGUUGUAAUCUCAGGUUACUAUACUCUAUAUAUCUGUAUGGUUAUGUCUAUUGUAAUCUUGUAUCUUUAUGUAUUGGUCUCUUUGCAAAUUGUUGAAUGAUAUAUUGAUAUGUGUUCAUUCAUUAAUUAUAGAAUGGUUGAACUUAUAUGAUCA